AUGUUGAACAAACUAUAUUACGAAGCACUCGAUAGAUGCUUGCGUGACAUUCUUAGGGGUGAAGCAUACUACAAUGCGGAAAUGCCAUUUGGAGGUAAAGUUAUAGUUUUAGGGAGUGACUUUGGGCAAAUCCUUCCUGUGAUUCCAAUGGGAUCCCGCCAAGAUAUUGUUCAAGCAUCAGUCAAUUCUUCUUACUUGUGGCAACACUGUACUGUGUUAAGGCUGGCAAUGAACAUGCAACUUACUGUUGGAGUAAGUAACGAAGAACUUGAAGAAAUUAGUAAAUUUUCAGAACGACUAUUAAGUAUUGGGGAUGGCUUGGCCGGGGAUUCCACCGAUGGAGAGUCGGAGGUACAAAUUGACGAACAGAUUUUGAUUAUUGAUGCAGACAAUCCAUUUGACAACAUGGUUGAUUUUGUGUACCCAAACCUGUUGUCUAAUCUAAACAACAUGACAUUCUUCAAAGAUCGAUCAAUACUAGGUCCUACAUUGGAAGUUAUCAACAAGGCAAAUGCUACAAUAAUGGAUCGAUUAGAAGGAGAAGAAAAGUUGUACCUGAGCUCGGAUACUUUGUGUGUGGAGGAAGAAAACAUGGAGUCAGAUCUUGAGACACUUAUACCAGAUAUUCUUAACGCUAUUAAUUGCUCAGGAUUGCCUCCGCACAAGUUGACUUUGAAAGUAGGUGUACCAGUCAUGUUAUUACGUAACAUUGACCAAUCCAACGGGUUAUAUAACGAUACAAGACUACAGGUGAGGAGAUUAGGCAGCCACAUCAUCGAAUGUGUUACAUUAACAGGGGACAAUGUAGGUCAAGUCGUGAUAAUCCCGCGCAUGAACAUGAUCCCGAAUAACCAAGCUUUACCAUUUAGAUUUCAGCGAAGACAAUUCCCAAUCAUUAUUUUAUUUGUAAUGACGAUUAAUAAAUCUCAAGGGUAA